GUAGAACAUACUAUCCUUGUUUUACUUGUCACAUAAUUCAUCAUUUGUCAGUUGAAAAUAGAGUCUGUUGCGUUUAAAAAACUAUCUGGAGCUACUUAGUGAUGCCCAAUCCCAAAGGACUAUCGAUUAGACUUAAGAUUCCGACUCGUGUGCAGCCCGAGGUAGUGCCGCCGCCGGGCAUGGCUGGCGAAUAUACCAACAAGAUACAUCAUAUGAAUAAGUAUCUGCUGGAAGAGUUGUGUCAACAGGAGUUUGCUCUGCCUUUCAUGGAGCCAGUUGACACAAAGGCCCUUAAUGUGCCCACCUACUACACCAUAAUUGAGCACCCCAUGGACGUGGGCACCAUUAUCAUGCGUGUGGAGAAUAGAUACUAUCGAAGUGUCCAUGAACUUAUCAACGAUGUCAGGCUGGUAAUAAGAAACUGCUUUACAUUUAACAUGCCCGAGGCGACUGUCUAUCGCGAUGGGCAGAAGUUAGAAAAGCUCUUUCUUAAGGUGCUCGAGAAACUUCCAGCGGGAGAGGAGGUACCCUACGACAAGGAAAAAGCCGAAAAGUCAAUAAUGAAGCGACAAUGUCGAUAUAGGUUAAAAAAGCUACAGGAACACACUGAUCAAAUGGAACAGGAUGGCCAGGAAUUGUUCCGCGAAAAGUGGUUGCCCUUUGCUGAGGAGAUGCACAAGCGUAACAUCAAAACGCUGGAGGAUUUUGAUACCCACCUGGACAACAUUCUCAAGCACUGCCACGAUCAUGGAAAGCGCAUACUGGAGUCCUAUGAACAUGAUGCCAACCGGCUAUUAGAAGAUGAGGAGAGCGGAGAUAAUGAGAAUGUACGUGAUGAGGCCGGGAGCAAUAUGUGGCCAUGCCAAAAGCCCCUCUUUGACUGGGAAGACACCAUAAUCGAUGCCCUCGAUGAUACGCUCAUUUGCCUAAAGCAGGACGUGGUCAAAUGUCGUCUGGGUGAGCAUAAGAAGAAUAAGCAAUCCUACAGUGAGAUCCUUCUGCCAAUAUUUGUCAACGCUCAGAUAAUCAGCGAAGGUCUGUGCUCGCAAACGAAUCUGCCCGACUCCGAAGAGGAGGAAACCGAAUGGCAUCCGAAUCGCGUCAGCGAUAAGGAACGUCAUGCCAUACGGCAACAGUUCAGUGGACUAAUGCCGGAAGCCAUAUUCGAUAUAAUGCAUAUUAUUGAGCAGGCCGAAUACCGCACCGCCAGCAACGCCGACCGUAAAUACAAUAUGAUGUACUUUAGCCCCCAGACGAUAGUUCUUAUAAGGAAGGCCAUUGAAGCGCAAAAUAAGGCCAGCCUGAAGCACGAAGAGGAACAGCAAGACGAAGAAAUGCACGGCGAGGAGCACAAUGCGGGAGAGCUGGAUAAUAUAAAUUCGAAUUUCCAUUAUACAAAAACAAACACAGAUUUCGCAGGAAUCGACAACGAUAUAGGAGGAUACAAUGGUGGCCACUGUUUGGAGCAGCAUCAAAAGGCAAUACCAACAUAUUACCCUUGCUUGCCAAAGGCCGACCAGCAACAGGUGGAUGGAAACAUAAUGCAGGUCCUAGCUGAUUCUGGGGGCGGCAUGGAGUGGGAGGUGUUGAGCGACUAUGACUCCGACGCCGAUGAGAACGACUGUAAUGGCAAUGAGAACAACGGCUGUGAUGAUAAUGAAAACAACUGUGUUGAAAAUGAGAACAAUGAGAGCUACGACUGCGACUCUAAUGAAAACGACGAUUGUGACUUAAACGAGAACGAGGGUGAUGACGAUGAAAACAUCUACUGUAACAUCAAUGAGAAUGAAGACUGUGACUCCAAUGAGAAUGAUGAAUGUGACUCCAAUGAGAAUGAUGAAUGUGACUCUAAUGAGAAUGAUGAGUGUGACUCCAAUGAGAACGAUGACUGUGACUCCAAUGAGAACGACGACGAUGACGCCAAUGAGAACGAUGACGGUUACUCUAAUGCAAAUGACGGCUGUGACUCCAAUGAGAACGACGAAUGUGACUCCAAUGAGAACGAUGACUGUGACUCCAAUGAGAACGAGGACUGUGAUUCCGAUAUAAACAACGACUGUGACACCAAUGAGAACGACUUUUCCUCCGACGGUGAAAAUGAUGGCAAGCCAUCAAACGAAGCAUAUGCACAAUAUAAUAAUGUUACGCACAGCUAUUAUCAUUAAGGUUUUUGAUAAGAGUAUCAAAUUAAAAAUACCACUUUUUGCAGAAUGUUUAAAAUAAUUUAACAACGGAGAAACAUGAAAAACAGUAAAUCGAAAAAUGAUUGAUUUAUUUCGCUUCAUUUCAAAUUUUUUUUCGGAGUUUUUUGUUUUCUUAACGUUAACUUCACUAAUGCCUCUGCAUUUUUGUUCUUAUCAAAAUACUUUUUGUUUUGCUUCGAAUGAUGGUGUCGGUCAUGCAUAUAGCGCUUAUAUAAUUUAUAAUUAAAAAUGUAAACUUAUGGUACCACAAUGAAAUAAUUCUCAAGCGUUUUUUUUUUGUCAAUCUAUGCGUAUUCUAAGCCUGCUUAUCUUGCGAACGAAACUAAUUAUAAAUUUAA